AAAAGGGGGUUGGGUAGAAAGGCUCGGCGCAUGCGCAGGGGAAUCUCCGCGCAAGCUCAGUGGAGUGUCGCUGCUUCGUUGAGGGGCUGCUGUGGGUCUCUCUUUGCGUUCCUGGGUAGGCUCGAAAUUAAUUUAAAUAAGAAGGUGGCGCUUUUUUGUUCUUAAUUCAGUUUGUGAGCGUACUGCUGUUGAUGCCAGUCUGCUGUUAAAGGUGCAAGGAAGAUUUUGAACCAAGAUGGCCACCCGACGGAUGACGCGGGAGUCUUUUGAUGCCCUCAUGCAGGUCAAGGCAAAACGGUAUCGUCUGGACCGAAGCGACCCCAUUGAUGAGGCUCUCCAUCAACUUAGAGUUCAUUCCCAUCCAGCCCCGCGGGCCCGGUAUGAAGACAAGGGUGAGGAUUUUCAGGAUGAUGGGAAGUACGUGCGUAGUGACUGGAGAGAAGGUGCUAGAGAAGCCCCUAGAGAAGACUAUUCAGUGCUUCCCUAUAGAUCCGCCAGCCACGUCACAGAGGAGAAAGAAGAGGAGGAGGAUUACUACACCCAAUUGUCUGCACAGACCCAAGACUAUGUGCAGCCAUCUUCUCGCAAACGAGACUAUGGCAGUUCAUCUUCUGUGGAAAGGGACUACACCGGCCCAUCUACCAGAGAGCGGGACUAUGGGAACCCAGCUUCUCGGAAGCGGGACUUUGACCGUGUCCCCUCUCGAGAGCCUUCCAGGCUCCAUGACGUCAACAGACGCCGACAGAAUUCUGGAAAAGUGUUGGGUGACUUCCGAUCGCCAGGGCUCUUAGAAGAGGAAUUUGGGGCUGUGCAGCGUCAUGAUUAUGACCAGGAAUACAGGCUUGAGCCCGAGAGAGAAUUCAUCUCCUCUUUGCAUGCCGGAAGGGAUCUGCGGGGGAAGCGCAGCAUGGCAUCUCAAGGCAUGGUCAAAAAUAAGAUGGACACCGGUUCUCCUGUCAAGAAAUGGGGGGCUCAGAGUUUGUCCCCAACGGAUGAUCUACUGAGAGACCCCAUCAACCAUUCCAAGAGGAGAACUGUCCCUUCUCAGCGGCCGCAACUUAGCCAGAGACCGCAUCUGCCUCCCCAAAGGGGCACCCUGCAAUAUAGGAACCUGAACCUCACGAAAUACACCCAGGGCAAAGAGGUGAACUUGGAACUCACUGGCCCCUCGGACAUUUUUACAACCUUUGGGGUCGAAAUCAUUAAAUGGGCCGGCUUCAACGAGAUCAGAAAAGACCCAGAGUAUUCUGAGCUGUACCGAGUUCUCUUCACACUGGAGACGGAGACUUGCGCCAAGAUGCUGGCCUCGUUCAAGUGCUUGCUGAAGGCUGAGCACCAGGACUUCUGCUUCUCUGUUGUCCGGUCUCUGCAACACGCAGCGCUGAGGACGCCCAAAGUUGACAACCAGUUCUUGAAUCUGCUCUUGGAGAAGAAGGUGGUGAAGACGAAGAAUUGCUUCUUCGAGGUGAUCAAGCCUUUUGACUGGUACAUGAUGCGGCUCCAAGAUUACUUGCUGAAGAGCACCACACCCCUCUUGAUGGCCUGCAAUGCCUAUGAGCUGAGCAUCAAGUCCAGCAGCUUCAACGAGCCGGGGCAGAUGGCAGCCGCUUUCGAGACCACUGUGUCCCUCUGCCGCAAAUCCUUGGCCCUCCUGGGGCAAACCUUUGCCCUGGCCUCUGAGUUCCGGCACGAGAAAAUCCUUGAAGCCAUUGGCCUCCAGGAAGCGGCCCCUAAGCCCACCAUGUUCCCCAAUUUUGACACCUCUGCUUUGUUUGGAAGGGAGUACAUCGAGCACUUGCAGAGCUGGCUGGAGAAAAGCGGCUACCAGAUGCAGUUAAAGAGGCCAGCUGCAGAGACCCAGGCUCCGGGCCAGCGGGGUGUUCCGGAAACGAGACCGAAAAUUAAGAUCCCGCAACGUGCUGAUCGGAAGGUCACUGAGACAAUUGAGAAGCUGGUGAACAGCAUCAUUUCCGGCAUGCUUACGGGAAGAGGGAGAGCUGAGCUGAAAGGCAACCCAGAGUAUUGGUUCUUGUAUGAAGAGGAAAGCCUGGAGCACAAAUAUUACAAGCUGAAGCUGGCCGAGAUGAAGCGGCUGAUGUCCACCGUGAAAGAAGAGCCGAAGGAGGAGAAGAGCCCCGAGCAGCGGGCCUCGGAUGCUGUGCGGGCUUUGCUGUAUGCGAGGAAAGUUGCCAGCGUCAAAAAGAAGCUCUUCCGGAGGAGGCGGCCUGGGAUCCUCCAGCGGGCAAUGGCGGCUCGGAAGGCGAGGAGGGCCACCGUUGGGACCCAGACGCUCCUGUCUGCGGGGACGGUGCUGAAGCAGCAGCAGCCACCCCAGAGCCCCACAGCUGCCUCGGCGGAGCCUUCCUUGGACAAGGCCGGGGCCUGCGACUCGGCCACUGACCCGGAAGAGGCCCCAGGGGAGGUUUUGGGUGCUGCCAGCUCGCCAGGACUCCCUGGGGAUCCCCAGCCGUUAGUGUGCCAGUUCCCCGAUGUGGAUCCCAAAACGAUGGUAACAGCUGAGAGACUGGCCAAGUUCGUCGCCGAGGUUGGCCCAGAAAUUGAGCAAUUUAGUAUUGACAACAGUGCGGAUAACCCUGACCUGUGGUUUUUACAUGAUCGAGAAAGCUCGGCAUUCAAGUUUUAUCGGUUGAAAGUGUAUGAGCUCUGCCCCUCCAUCAGCUUCAGCGAUGUGCAAGAAUCCACUGGCGAGAGGCCUGAGCCGAUGGAGGGUGGCUGGGAGAAUUUGGAGGAGGAGGAGGAAGAGGAAGAAGAGGCCCUCCAAUCUGGAGCAGAGGAGGAGGAGGAGGAGGGGGGAGCAACAGUGUCGGAAGAGGGGCCUGCCCGAGCGGAGGCCUCUAGUGCAUCUGAGGAAGGGCAGCCAGGCUCUGCACCCACAGGGAUGUCUGCACAGGUGCUCCCCCAGGGCACGCCCUUCGGGCGCAAGAGGAUCAGUAGCAAAUCCUUGAAAGUGGGCCUGAUCCCAGCGUCAAAGAGGGUCUGCCUCAUCAACGAACCCAAAGUUCAUGACCCUAUCAGGAUCUCGUACGACCGACCUGGUGGCCGUCAAUCAUUUGCAAAUAAGAAGUGGCAGAAGUCAAAGAAUUUGGAGUUUUCACACAAGAAGCUGAGCCAAAGAAACGUUGGCUUCCAGAUGCUCCAGAAAAUGGGCUGGAGAGAAGGGCGUGGGCUUGGCGUACGCAGCCAGGGCAUCAAGGACCCUGUCAAAGUGGGCUCUACCUCAGGAGGGGAGGGCUUGGGUGCGGCAGGGGACGAGAACAAAGAGGACACCUUUGCUACUUUCCGUCAGAGGAUGAUCCAGAUGUACUAUCUGAAAAGAGCCAGUAAAUAGAAACAGUGAACCUGCUUUUCAUCAAAGACCGACUUUCCUCUCUUGACAAGAAUUUAUGACAUAUCUGUUCUGGACAGGACAAGAAAAUUGACCAUCCCCAGUGCGCAUGUGUGAUAGUCCUACCUGUCUUCCUCAAGAUGCAGAAGAUUCACCUUUAUAUACUUUGAUAAAUUUUCUUUGUAAUUGCUUUGGGACUAGACAGCAAGUUCAGUUAUUGAAUAACUGUCACUCAGUUUAUUGGACCAUCGGAUUGUUUAUUGAUAAAUAAAAUUUAAACAGUAUGUAGGAACCAAUACUUUAAUGUGUAGGGCGAAUAUGAAUCUCGCCUUUGUUUUCUGGGGCCUUUAUUAUUAAUGCCUCGGGAGGCUUUCCUCCCACCACCAGAUGGGUAGUAGUUCAUUUGAUCUGUAUUUCCAUCAUCUUAACAGCCUUGAUUACCGUUUACCCCUGCAAAGAAACCUCAGCAUUUUUUGCAAGAAGGCCUCUUUGUGGUUUUUGGGGGGAGGCAAGGUUGUCUGGAAUUCAGGAUUCACGCACAUCUGUUUUGUAUGCCACAGGGCCUGGUUAAAGAAUCUGAUGAUUUGUUGGAGGUGGCGAGUGGCCCUCUUGAAGACUCCUCCCCCACACACCUAGUCCUUGCUUCACUAAAUACAGUCGCUGCCGUAAUGACGGCAAAGACUCGCAUUGACGAAGAGGACACCCUUUAGAAUGUUAAGUCACACAAAAGGAAACCCCACUUGCAAAGCGACUGGCUGGCAUCCCAAUUUGAAUGUAACACUCUUUGAAUGUUUUUUUAAAAAGUACUUUCUCACCAUGCCACUUUCCUUGGGAGUUCUGAAAUAACAGAAUUUGCCACUGGAUCUCUCCACUGGAUCUUUCCUUCUGGCUUUUCUGUAAAAUACUGCUUCAAUUUGUUGACAGGACAAAAGCAUGUACUAUUUGUUAUUCCCAACGCUCUUGCAGUUCUGAACAUUCUUUCCCCACAGCCACCCAUUUGUGUAGAUCUUGUGAUGUGCAGGAUUAUUUCCACCACCAUCCUCCUUCAAAAAGUUGGCUUCAUGUGCAAUGGGAGACCCUUUCCUACUUUGGUUCAGUGAGUUCCUGAUUGCUCACUUGGAAUGAGCUUUUCUAUGCCAGGAAACGCCAAAUUACAGAGCCCGGCGUUGACGCUAGCUUGAGUUUCAUGCUGUCAAGCACAUGUGGUGCAUUGUGUGUCUUACCCGCAUUUUCAGAGAAAUUCAAGCGUCGUUCGUGUGAACUGGUUGGCUCCAUCGUUGUUUGAGCUGAGAUGUUUGCUGCCGCAAGUGAGAUAAUUGAAGAAUCGUAGGAGAUCCCCUAUCCUUCGCUCUGCUGGAUCCAGUUCUGUCAAGUGGAAGCUGCCUUGAAAGUCUGGCCAGCCUCUCUCGUUAAGCCUUCCUGUGUUUGUAACUACUUUAUUUCUAGGAGUGUUUAAUUUCUCUUUCCUGUGCAUAGUUAGGUGUUGCAUUUAAAAAGAGCAAUAUAUCUAUAUAUUGGAGCUCUGUCCGACUUGGCCUUUUUGCCAAAUGAACUGGUCUAACCUUCUCUGAGUCUGAAUGCCGUUUUCUCUUGCCCUUAAAUGGGUUGGAAUGGUCUGGAGAGUACCUUUUUAAAAAAGUAUUAUUUAAUGUGAAGCUUCUACUGUGCUCAACCACACUUUUGUGUGUUUUUAAAUUUUAGUCUCAGUCUUUCAUGUAGCUAGGAACUUUUUUUCUCUUGACUUCAGAAACUUGCAGAGAGUGAGAUGGCUGCUUAACGAAAUGUAUUCUCUCACGUUUUGGGGGGAGGGACAGGUUCUCUUUCCCAACUGGUUUUAUGCCCUUCGUGGCUUGAACCUAAUUCUUGGGUGUCAACUUAAGAAUGUUCAUAUCCAGAUUAAUGAAAUAAAAUGGCUGUGGGUUUUUUUAAACCCAGUUUUGGUGGGGUGGCCCUGAUAUUUUAAGCUCGCUUCAGAGCUGCAUAACGAACUCCUUAAAAAGAUGGAACGCUACUUCUGGGGUGAGACCAAAGAGGAAACCUUUUAAUCCUCCUGCCCUCCAUGAUAACUGUGAUUACAGCCAAUCUUCCUUUAUGCUAAGAUUUGGUUUGGGACAUCAUUUAAUGGAGCAACACUGGUGUCUUUAAAUUCCCUUUGUUGCUUUCCGCUGCAAAACUUUUUGGGUUAUUUGAAAACCAAGAUUCUCUCCAUUUGUGUGUGUCUCUAAUGACCUGCUUUUAGCAGGUCAACUUCGGCCAGGGAACAUCAGAAUGCAUUUGCAAAAAAAAUUAAACAAUAAUUUCCACUUGGUAGCCUUGUCGGUUCACUGGUUUUUCUUAUUCUAGUUUUCCAGGCUCUCUCACGAAGACCACAAGCACCCACGAACGCUUUCUGAUCCCGUCACUAGGGCAUGAGUGUUUUUUCUCCUCCCCCCCCCCACUCUUGGUUUUGGAAUUAUUAUUUUUUUAGUGAUUCUUGCUCAGAAUACUUUUUCUCCCACCCUUUCCUGUGGUAUCAUAACAGUAUUGACCAAUAAUAGAGAGAAGUUUGUUAGCUGAUACAACAUUUCUUUUAAAAAUGUUUAAUGGCAUGUAAUCCUUUUUUAACAAAAGCCUCCAAUAAAUGUAAAUGAAAAAAUCCAA